AUGUCCAGAUCCGGGGACAGGACCUCCACCUUCGACCCCAGCCACAGCGACAACCUGCUGCACGGCCUCAACCUGCUGUGGAGGAAGCAGCUGUUUUGCGACGUGACCCUGACGGCCCAGGGCCAGCAGUUCCACUGCCACAAGGCCGUGCUGGCCUCCUGCUCGCAGUACUUCCGAUCGCUCUUCUCCAGCCACCCGCCUCUCGGGGGAGGAGGGGUCGGCGGCCAGGACGGCCUGGGGGCCCCCAAGGACCAACAGCAGCCGCCGCCACCGCAGCAGCAGCCACAGCAGCAGCCGCCGCCGCCGCAGGAGGAGCCCGGGACUCCUUCCUCCUCCCCCGACGACAAGCUGCUGACCAGCCCCCGGGCCAUCAACAACCUGGUGCUGCAAGGCUGCUCGUCCAUCGGGCUGCGCCUGGUGCUCGAGUACCUCUACACGGCCAACGUGACCCUGUCCCUGGACACGGUGGAGGAGGUGCUGUCGGUCAGCAAGAUCCUGCACAUCCCCCAGGUCACCAAGCUCUGCGUGCAGUUCCUCAACGACCAGAUCUCGGUGCAGAACUACAAGCAGGUGUGCAAGAUCGCCGCGCUGCACGGCCUGGAGGAGACCAAGAAGCUGGCCAACAAGUACCUGGUGGAGGAUGUGCUGCUGCUCAACUUCGAGGAGAUGCGCGCCCUGCUGGACUCGCUGCCGCCCCCCGUGGAGUCAGAGCUGGCGCUCUUCCAGAUGUCCGUGCUGUGGCUGGAGCACGACCGCGAGACCCGCAUGCAGUACGCGCCCGACCUCAUGAAGCGCCUCCGCUUCGCGCUCAUCCCGGCCCCGGAGCUGGUGGAGCGGGUCCAGUCUGUGGAUUUCAUGCGCACCGACCCGGUCUGCCAGAAGCUGCUACUGGACGCCAUGAACUACCACCUGAUGCCCUUCAGGCAGCACUGCAGGCAGAGCCUGGCCAGCAGAAUUCGUUCUAACAAGAAAAUGCUGUUGUUGGUUGGAGGGUUGCCUCCUGGACCGGACCGGCUCCCCAGCAAUUUGGUUCAGUAUUACGACGAUGAAAAGAAGACAUGGAAAAUACUCACAAUUAUGCCAUACAACAGCGCCCACCACUGCGUCGUGGAGGUGGAAAACUUCUUGUUCGUGUUGGGCGGAGAGGACCAAUGGAAUCCAAAUGGAAAACAUAGCACAAAUUUUGUCAGCCGAUACGAUCCUCGAUUUAACAGCUGGAUUCAACUUCCCCCUAUGCAAGAAAGAAGAGCCAGUUUCUAUGCCUGUCGGUUGGACAAACAUUUAUAUGUAAUUGGUGGAAGGAAUGAAACUGGCUACCUGUCCAGCGUGGAGUGCUACAACUUAGAGACAAACGAAUGGCGUUAUGUGUCCUCCUUGCCACAGCCCCUGGCAGCUCACGCCGGAGCCGUGCACAAUGGGAAGAUAUACAUUUCAGGGGGUGUACAUAACGGAGAAUAUGUCCCAUGGCUAUAUUGCUAUGACCCUGUAAUGGAUGUCUGGGCUCGGAAACAAGAUAUGAACACAAAACGUGCAAUCCACACUUUGGCUGUAAUGAAUGACCGCCUGUAUGCAAUUGGAGGAAACCAUUUGAAAGGAUUCUCCCACCUUGAUGUCAUGCUUGUGGAAUGCUAUGACCCCAAAGGUGAUCAGUGGAAUAUUCUCCAAACUCCCAUUUUGGAAGGUCGAAGUGGGCCUGGCUGUGCAGUGUUGGAUGACAGUAUUUACCUUGUGGGAGGCUACAGCUGGAGUAUGGGGGCCUACAAGUCAUCUACAAUAUGCUACUGUCCAGAGAAAGGAACCUGGACAGAACUUGAAGGAGAUGUAGCAGAACCCCUGGCAGGCCCUGCUUGUGCGACAGUUAUCCUGCCUGCCUGUGUACCGUACAACAAAUAA